CGAGGUUCAUUUCAAACAUCCCUCAAAUCAGAAUGUGUUACCAGUGCGUGAUGUGAAUGCUUCUAGUAUUGGAAAACUGGUGUGUGUACGAGGCAUUGUAACAAGAUGUACUGAGGUGAAGCCUGUGGUUCAGGUCGCAACAUAUACAUGUGAUAGGUGUGGCACUGAAUCAUACCAGACAGUAAGUUGUACAUGUAUAUUUCAACACUGUUAGUAGCUUUGCUAAUAUGAUAGACAGAUGAACAGAAGUUAAACCUGUGGUUCAGGUCGCAACAUAUACAUGUGAUAGGUGUGGCACUGAAUCAUACCAGACAGUAAGUUGUGCAUUGUAUAUUUCAACACUGUUAGUAGCUUUGCUAAUAUGAUAGACAGAUGAACAGAAGUUAAACCUGUGGUUCAGGUUGCAACAUAUACAUGUGAUAGGUGUGGCACUGAAUCAUACCAGACAGUAAGUUGUACAAUCAUGUAUAUUUCAACACUGUUAGUAGCUUUGCUAAUAUGAUAGACAGAUGAACAGAAGUUAAACCUGUGGUUCAGGUCGCAACAUAUACAUGUGAUAGGUGUGGCACUGAAUCAUACCAGACAGUAAGUUGUGCAUUGUAUAUUUCAACACUGUUAGUAGCUUUGCUAAUAUGAUAGACAGAUGAACAGAAGUUAAACCUGUGGUUCAGGUUGCAACAUAUACAUGUGAUAGGUGUGGCACUGAAUCAUACCAGACAGUAAGUUGUACAAUCAUGUAUAUUUCAACACUGUUAGUAGCUUUGCUAAUAUGAUAGACAGAUGAACAGAAGUUAAACCUGUGGUUCAGGUCGCAACAUAUACAUGUGAUAGGUGUGGCACUGAAUCAUACCAGACAGUAAGUUGUGCAUUGUAUAUUUCAACACUGUUAGUAGCUUUGCUAAUAUGAUAGACAGAUGAACAGAAGUUAAACCUGUGGUUCAGGUUGCAACAUAUACAUGUGAUAGGUGUGGCACUGAAUCAUACCAGACAGUAAGUUGUACAAUCAUGUAUAUUUCAACACUGUUAGUAGCUUUGCUAAUAUGAUAGACAGAUGAACAGAAGUUAAACCUGUGGUUCAGGUCGCAACAUAUACAUGUGAUAGGUGUGGCACUGAAUCAUACCAGACAGUAAAUUGUGCAUUGUAUAUUUCAACACUGUUAGUAGCUUUGCUAAUAUGAUAGACAGAUGAACAGAAGUUAAACCUGUGGUUCAGGUAGCAACAAAAACAUGUGAUAGAAUAGGUGUAAUCAUACCAUCUGGACAGUAAGUUGUGCAUUGUAUAUUUCAACACUGUUAGUAGCUUUGCUAAAGCCCGUUUUCCACUAGGCGAAUUUGUUCGUGCGAAGCGACUUUUUUCUUUGUCGGCAUCGCUUAUCACGUCAGCAAAAGUGAUAUCGGCAAAGAAAAAGUUGCGCGAACAAAUUCGCCCUACUGGAGAAUGGGCUUAAUUGAUUCAAGUAUAGCAACAUACUGUAUGAAGAGGAAAUAGGUAAUAGAUAGCAGGUAGAUAGAUACCAUUGACCAAGUGCGUAAUCGCUAGAGGAAGCUGCAAGAUGCUAGUCUGUGUAGUCUUACUUGAUACUUUCACAAUCAUGUUACUAUCUCAUUUUGUCUAUAUUUUAUUUUUGUAAUUGCUUUAAUUUCCAAAUAAAAAAGGAUUUUUUUUAGGAUAUUGGCGCCCCUUGCUACCCUAGACGGGUGUGCACCCCUGCACCCCCUAUAUAUCCCAGUGUUUCCAGUAGCAACAUAAACUGUACAUGUAACAGAUGUGGGACUGACCAAACAGUCAGCUUGUUUAGAGGCCUUUUAGAUUUAAUUAACUUGUUGUAUAUUUUACACUCGCGGAUUCAGCGUGCACCACGGUAUAAGAAACGAUCUUUAUAUUUGUAUCUGGAACAAAAUUUUUGUUUCAAAUUGUUGUUUAUAAAACUUUGUUUCUAGGUUACCUCGACCUCCUUUAUGCCUCUGAUCAUGUGUCCUGGCAAGGAAUGUCAAACAAACAAGUAUGAAAAAUUUGUUUUAACAAUUAACUUUAUGUAUUCACUUUAUGUAUAACUAUCAUCUCACUGCUUAUCCCAAAUUGUUAACAAGUUUGGAGCAAGUUGUUAACAACUUGUAACAACUUUCUUGAUUCUUAUAAUACCAUGUCCAUGACUGUAUCAGACUUGUUAGAACAACCUUGUAACAAGUCUGUUAAUGCCAUCAAGCUUGUUACAAGUUGUUAGCAGCUUGUUCCAAUCUAGUUACAACAACUAGGAACAAGCAGUGCGAACACAGCUUGUCGAAAGCUUGUGAACAGAUUUGUAACAACUUGUUUGCAGACUUGUAACAACUUGUGCGUUUUUACUUGUGUAGAAAUCGCAGCAAAAUGUAAACUGGCUUAAAAACACGCGCGUGACAAGCAGCGUUUAUUUUCUUCAGAUCUGGCGGACGACUUUACCUACAAACACGAGGAUCAAAAUUCCUAAAAUGUCAAGAACUGAAAGUUCAAGAACACAGCGAUCAGGUCCCAGUGGGUAACAUACCACGAUCAAUGACCAUCAUAGCCAGAGGAGAACUCGCCAGACUGGCUGUUCCUGGGGAUCAUGUGGCCAUCACUGGAAUAUUUCUACCUAUGAUGAGAACUGGGUUCAUGCGCAUGACACAAGGUCUCAUGUCAGACACCUUCCUUGAAGCACAUGUAUGUAUGCUUUACUAAUGUAUUGCAAGUUUUUUCAUGCUGCUCGCAUUUUCACAAUAUUUAAUGAGUUACGCACUCGUCUAUACCGAAAAUGAGUAGGUCGUGCACAUGUAGUCCAGGUUCUUAGCUAGAAGGCCGUGUUGGCCGUGUUACUGCCGCCAAAAAUGGAAAAACAACGCUGCUUCAUUACUGUAUUUAAGUAAAGCCGUGUAGGUUCAUAAAAUAGAGUGUUAUUCUCUCGUAGGAUGAAUAGCACCUCCAGCUUUACCCUUGAAAAAUAAAUGUACAGGCACUGUAUUAAGUGUAUGUUUUAUUGUUCUGUGCAGAGAAUUGUGAAAAUGAACAAAACAGAAGAUGAAGAAAUUACCGAAGAACAAUUGAGCGAUGAGGAAAUUGUAAAUCUCUCCGAAGGUAAAACUUGACUAAAACAAUCGUUUUAACAGAAAACCGUUUAAGUUGAGUUAAUCUGUUGUUACUUGAAGUUUUAAAAUAAACAGAUAUGCAUAAAUGUACAAACCAAAACAGCAUGUUAAAUUUUAACCAGGAUUACUAAUCGGCAGGGGCGGAUUAACGUUCCGCGGGGCCUGUGGCAUAUUAUUGGAGCGGGGCCCCUUGACCCCCCCUCCCCAACCGGCCGAACGGCAUUUUAAAUCCUGAAUUCAGUAAGAUUAAAAAAUAUCAUUUUGUAUUUCAUGCGUUGAAAAGUUUCCUGUGUAUUUACAAAAAGAGAAAGAAUUAUACAUCAAUAUAAUAUUUUGAUCGAACUGAAAUUUAACCCGGUUUAUACAGUAUCUCAUUUGUGUCGGUUUUCUUUGAUCGUCCGAGGUUUAUAACUAGCUAAUAUACCUUGAAUAAAUAAUUACAUCAAACUUUUCGACAAAACGCGAGAAUUUUUCAUCAAAAAUUUUUGAAAAUGACAAAAUAUGUUAGAAAACCUCCACAAAUGAGAUAUAAGUUAGUUAUAAACCUCGAAAGUCGGUUUAUAACUGAUAUAUUGCCCUCGGACGCUACGCGUCCUCGGGGGCAAUAUAUCAGUUAUAAACCUCCUUCUCGGUUUAUAACUCUAACUUAUACCAUUAACAUUAUUAUUUACAGGGUAAAGAUAGCUAAACAUGAUAGCCCCCAUAUAAACUUCUGCCGCCUUCCACGAACUUCAGCGAUCUUUUAGUAUUUAACAGUUUGCUGCAAAUUUCGAAAUUUUCUGAACCCUCUUGCCCAAAGAAGGAACAAAAAAUUUUGUGUUCGCGGGCCUGCUUUUGGAGCCUCGCCUUUUUUAACUUUGGGGCCUCGCGGUUUUUUUAGUUUGGGGUUUUGCUUUUGGGGGCCUUGGACUCUUUAGGGCCCCGCGCUGUUUGGAUUCCGCGCUAAAACAGGGAACAAAAUAAUCGUUUGGGGGCCCGCAAUUGAGGCCUCGAUUUUUAAAUCUUGGGGGCCUAUAACGUUUUCUGGGGACCUUGGAUUCUUUGGGGCCCCGCGCUGAAACACUAAAACAGGGAAGAAAAAGAAAACAUUUGGGACUGAUUUUUUGGGACCUCGUGUUUUCUGGGGGACUUUGUCGAAAACUGUCAUAUAAUAAUAUAUUAUGCUUUGUUACGCGUGGGACGCGCGAGUCCGAACUGAACCCUCUCGGAAAGUUCCGGAAUAUACCGGUAUUUGUUUUUGUGAUUGUGAAACAAUUUUGAGACAGCGUGUUGUGAGAGAUUUAUAGUGCGUAUAAACGUUAUUAAAACUAAAGAAAACUAAAACGUAUUGUGUUGAGAACUAUCAGGGGGCAAUUCUCGACAACUUGGGCUCUUUGGGGCCCCGCACUGGCGCAUUGUUUGGGCCACGAGCUGAGACAGGGAACAAAAAAUUCAGAAAAAAAAUAGAAGAGAGAAGCGCGGGGCCCCAAAAGCGCGGGGCCCGUGGCAUAUGCCGCUUCUGCCAUAUGGUUAAUCCGGCACUGCUAAUCGGGCUUUGAAAAAACCGCCCGUAGUGAAAAUAGGAGAAAUUGCAAAAUAUGUCAGUGUGCUGGUGCAGCGCUCUCACAACCGAGCUACAGAAUCAAACAUUACGAUAACGAAAUAUGUCACAGUGUGCCGGUGCAGCGCUCUCACAACCGACCUACAGAAUCAAACACUACGGAAUUUCCAUCGACAACAACCUUUACAUUGCGUUAGGUCGAAGAAAUGACGAAAUAUAAACGUAGGUUCUGAAGAGUUAGUUAAAUCAGUAAGUUGAAGGGUAUUGUAGAUGAAAUUAUCGAGGUCCCUGGCAGGAAUUGAACCUAUGACCCAGCGAUUCCGGUGCAGCGCUCUAACCAACUGAGCUACAGAGGCCAGUUGUCGAGCUCUAACCACAAUUUCAUAUAUAUAUAUAUAUUAUAUACUAUAGGGUAUUGUCAUGUAUAGGUUAUGGGUAAAUAUCAAGAUUUUGUUGGCAUCUCACUCGAUUGAAUAAUAGUUGAAGAGUUUUGUAGAUGGAAAUUAUCGAGUGGAAAUUCUAUAUACAUUUAUUAAACCUAACCAGAAACAGCUGCGAAGAAUGUAACUUUAAGCCUCUGGCAGGAAUCGAACUUGCGGCUUCAAUACAAUACCCUUCAACUAUUAUUCAAUCGGGUGAGAUGCCAACAAAAUCUUAAAUGAGUAACCCUGUUUUUUUGAGGGGCUGCGAGAUUUCUACGGAAAAUUCUCACUCAUGUUAAAAUCACUAUUAAAUAGAGCCUGAUUUCUACGAAAAAUUGGCAUGCUCCUUGGCGCCUGAAAUUUACGGUCAUGAAGAUAUUAAGAAAGUUUUAUUGUUGUUGCUGGUCGGUGGUGUAGAUAGAUCUCCUGAAGGAAUGAAAAUAAGAGGUAACAUUUGAACAACCGCAUUCUCACCAGAGGGAACUAUUCUUUAUAAUUUUUUUAAUCAAAAUUCUAACCUAAUCUUAACCCUGAUCCUUUCCUAACGAAGGUGUUGAUAGAUAUCCUGAACGAAUGGUAAUAGGUGGUAAACGUGAUAUACUAGGUUGUAACCAGGCAAAAAUAUUUACAGAACAAUGUAUGCCUAAAGAGAAUUUUAUGAUUGUUAAAGAAAGAAAUCAAGGAAAUAUUUAUUGUAAUUUUUGCUCUUCCGAAGGUUCAAGAAUCAGGAUUUCCGCAUUUUAGUAAAGAAGACCCUAAAGCUGGAAAGAUCUUUCAGAAUAGCAUGAUUUUUGAGACAACCAAUACUUCUUGUAAUAAUUUAAUUUUAAUAUGUCUAUUCUUGCUCUUUAGUAAAUGUACAGUUUACGGGAUUGAUCUUCUCGUAAUUUAAUUAACUAUGGCGCCCGUCUGGCGUGGUAUCCUUCGCCUGCAAGCAAAUAGACUACCAGCAUGGCUUUGUCAUGGUUCACGUGAGUAGUGUUCAUAUGUGAUAUUAUUGUAUUUCAGGAAACAUCAAUGUUUUACUAAUGGGAGAUCCAGGUGUAGCUAAAAGUCAACUGUUAUCGUACAUCGAUCGUCUGGCUGCAAGAAGU